AUGAGGACAGAAAAGACAAUCUAAAUGAAAUGAUAACAUAUUAAUCCCUGCAACCGCCUUGUCAUUAAUCAUCAAAUCUCAGUUUUUCAAUGAGGAAACCGAUCUGAUCAAGCCAAUGAAAUACUCCAGCAACGAGAACCGAUGGUUUCGCCAACUAAUCAGCCUCCAAUAAUUAUCAUGUUACCCGGAUGGCCGGAUGAUACGGUACGAUACGAUCCCGUGCAUUGGGUCUUUGGGCAUCAUCAUCAGCCGGGCUACCAGUAAUAAAUAAGCUUUCUAGUUUCGUCAUAACUCAUCACUCGACUUGAUAUCCUGCUCAAGAUCUGCUCCGCAUCGAGAAUCCAAGAUCCAAGCUAGGCCGCCGCGGAAGCCAUGGAUGAUCCGCAGCAAGCAGAAAUGGCUCCGCCGGAAGACGCGCCGGCCGGCGCCCCCGCGCGCCCCCUGCCGCACUCGGUGCGCGGCGUCUUCGUCAACUACAUCGACUACAGGCGGCCACGGUUCUUCGCCCGUCCCUCGGCGCGCCCCGCGGUCGACUACGGCGACCUCGACUUCCUCCCCGACUACAGCCGGGGGUACAACUCCAUCCUGGAUCACUGCAACGGCCUCCUGCUCUACGGCAACGCUUGGCUGUACUGCGUGGCGAACCCGGCCACAAGGCGUUGGGCGCGUCUCCCGCGCAUGGACGCCAACGACUACGUCCCGUACCUGGUCUUCGACCCCGCCCUGUCGCAUGGCUACGAGGUGUUGCUGAUCCGCCGCGAGCCCGAGAAGCCCAAGAAGUUCGACCUCAUCGAGUUUCUGUCUUUGCUGGAUGAUGUAUCGGGUGUCGAGGAGGACACGGAGAAUGAGGGCCAAGGUGAACCGGCUGUGGAACCUUUGCCAUUAAUGCAGUCCAUCGAUGACUUGCAUCGUUUGACGGAGUGGCCACCGUCAGAAUGGACGCUACCUGUGUUCUCAUUGGCUACUGGAGAGUGGCAGGAGAGGUCAUUUGUCCGGGAAGGAGAGGCUGUCAAGACCAUGGCCAGUAUGCAACUGGAUGCAGUACAACCGAUGGAAUGGGGCCCAAGAUGGCGUUACAGUGUGUAUUGGCGAGGAGCGCUUUACGUCCAUUGUCGUGGUGGAUUUGUUGCAAGGCUAUCUUUAUCAGAUGAUAGAUACCUGGUAUUUAAUACACCCGUAGAUGUUGAGGAAAGCAAACAUGCACGUCCUUAUCUUGGUAAGUCGGAAAAAGGAGUGUACUUUGCGACAGUUCACAAGUACAACAACCUUCUUCGCGUUUGGAACCUCACUGAAUCAAGUGGUCAACUAGAUUGGGUACUAAAGCAUACUAUCGAGCUUGAUGAAUCUACUUUGUGGGCCGCCGCGCGUUUCUACCAACACAAGAUUAAGGGACCUUGGAUCUUAGAGGACGAUAACAAUGAUGAUGUCAAAAACAAGAUACUGCCGCUAAAAGAAAACAUUGAAUGGAACUCCGAUGAUGAUAAUGUAAUGAGUGAUGAAGGUGGUUGUGAAGAUCAGUAUGGUCAUAUUUAUUUCUUGGGUUUUCACCCGUAUAAAGAGGUAAUUUUCUUAGGGUUAUCAUUUAUAGGAGUGGCUUAUCAUUUGAAUAGCUCGAAAGUCCAGUACCUCGGAAAACUACACCCCAAAGAUUACUGCACAACAUAUUCGAAUGGCAUAUAUGAAUCAUUUAUGUACACCCCAUGCAUGGUUGGGGAGCUUUGAAAGACUCCUCCAUAGGUUAUCAUAUGUGAACGACAAAUAGUUCAACGGUGCAAGAAAAAGUGUAUCAUAAAGUUUGAGCGUUUUCUCAGCCAUGAAUCCAAUAUUAUUUUAUAUAUUUCGCAAUCUCCUAAGGUA